AUGCACGCAACAUUGCAAUACUUGAAAAAGCUUCCAAUCUAUGAUGAAGAAAAGCCCUUUCGGAUUUUUACAAAUUUACCACCGGACGCACUUGAUCAGAGAUACUCAAACCUGGAGUUUGAAAAGAAGGAAGUUACAAUUCAUGACAUCCGAGACCAAAUCCCCGCACCAACCCUUGACGGCAGAGGGUUCGAGGUACGAGAAUGGCCCAGCAGCCUGGACGUUCAUACUAUCUGGAAUAAAGAUGACGUGGAAAACGUGUACCUCCCUGAAUUGGAGACGAUGUUGCGAAAGAAGGACCCAUCAAUACACCGGGUUUUCUUCUUUGACUGGAGGAUAAGACACUCUGAUGGGCCAGGAGAAGAUAGCAUUGACAUCAACGAUCUUGCCACGCAGUUGUCACCCGCAGAGGAGGUGCAUGUCGGUUAG